AUGUCGAGCGAAAGUGUCGGUCAGGGAAAACCUCGCGGCGCCUUCAAGAGAGGUGUGUCGCGGUGUCUCACUUACUUGGAGGUCCCCGUCAAGGAAAGACACACGCUGAGUGUGUUGAAGAACCCGGACCUGCAGCCUAUCCCAGUGCAAGAACAGACCUGGGGCUGGAUGUCCAACAUGGCGUACUGGGGAAUUAUCUCGUUCAGCGUGGGCACCUGGAUCAGUGCCAACGCAGCGCUGGAUGCCAAUUUGUCGUACCCGGAAACCAUCGGAACCUUUAUCAUCGGUGAUGUCGUCACCAUCAUCUUCACGCUGGCCAACUCGUACCACGGAACGGACUGGAAAGUCGGCUUCACGAUCUCGUCGCGUUUUGUGUUUGGAAUCUACGGCUCCGGGCUUGGCAUCCUGGUGCGGUUCCUGAUGAGUAUUGUCAACUACGGGUCCAACGCGUGGCUCGGAGGUCUCUGUGUCAACAUGAUCCUGGACUCGUGGUCCCACCACUACUUGACGCUUCCCAACACGCUGUCGUCCAACGUCGCAAUGACCACCAAAGAGGUGAUCGGGUUCAUGCUGUUCCACGUCAUCGCCUCGUUCUUCUAUCUCAUGAAACCCUACAAGAUGAACUACUUCUUGAUCGCGUCCUGUUGCGCCACCUGCGCCGCUAUGACCGGGAUGGUCAUUUAUCUGUGCCACCAAAACGGCGGCGUCGGGGACUACUUCAAGAGCACCAAAACUACAAUCCACGGCUCGGAACGUGCUUGGGCCUGGGUGUACAUGAUCUCGUACUGGUUUGGCUCCGUCUCGCCCGGUUCCACCAACCAAAGUGAUUUCUCCAGGUUCGCCUCCUCAAAAACCGCCGUCUACGUCGGUACCAUUCUGGCAUUGCUCAUUCCAACCACUCUGAUCCCAGUUUACGGUGUCAUUGGCGCCUCCACGUCGAACGAACUCUACGGAGAGCCAUUCUGGAUGCCCAUGGACAUCUGCAACUAUUGGCUAAACGACGGCUACUCCUCAGGUGCCAGAGCGGCCACCUUUUUCUGUGGAUUGGCUUUCCUCUGUUCCCAGAUCUCCUACACUAUCUCCAACUGUGGGUUUGCCGCUGGUAUGGAUUUGAGUGGUGUUUUGCCCAAAUACGUCAACAUCUUCAGAGGUGCCCUUCUCUGCGCCCUACUCAGUAUUGCUAUCCAGCCUUGGAACUUCUACAACUCUUCUUCCACCUUUUUGACAGUCGCCUACUCUUUUGGUGUUAUCAUGACUCCAAUCAUCUCCAUUAUGAUCUGCGACAACUUCUUGGUUAGAAAGCGCAACUACUCCGUCUCGCAAGCGUUUGUGCUCCAUGGUGAAUACUACUACACUUGGGGUGUCAACUGGCGUGCUAUGUUGGCCUUCGUGUGCGGUAUGACGCCGGGUCUACCAGGUUUGGCUGCCGAGGCUAACACUAAUAUCACAGUCAGCCAAGGUAUCCUCAAUUUCUACUUGGCAGACUCUUUCACUUCUUUUUUGAUCUCAUUCUUCACUUACUGGAUCCUGUGUCUGAUCUUCCCAGUAAAGAUCAACAUCAAGCAGGACGACAAGGACUACUACAAUUCCUUCUCGGAAGAAGAAGCCAGAAGAAAGAACAUGAUUCCGUUCUCAGAGCUACACUUCGACGAAGUCGACGAGUACAACUACCAAAAGAAUGAGGUACCAAGACGCUCGGAAGAAUCAAGUUCUUGCACCGGUGCCGAAAUAGAAUCAGAGCAUGAAGUGCUCGAGAAGCAGAAAUAA